AUGUAUGACAGAAAUGAUCGUACAAUUUGUGAUGCUCUCGAGGCAGUGGCUCAUGUGAUGGCUCAAAAGAAUAACCCACCUACAUUCAAGGGAAGGUAUAAUCCUGAAGGUGCCCAGACUUGGAUUCAGAAGAUUGAGAAGAUAUUCAGAGUCAUGGCAUCUACAAAUGCUUAUAAGAGUGAGUUUUUGGACAAGUAUUUUCCAGCUGAUGUUCGUAGCCAUAAGGAGAUCGAGUUCUUGGAGCUGAAGCAGAGCAACAUUUAUGUGAUUGACUAUGCAUCCAAGUUCGAGGAGCUACCCAAAUAUUGUCUGCACUAUAAUGGUGUAAAUGUUGAAGGUUCCAAGUCUGUGAAGUUUGAGAAUGCGUUGCAUCAGAAGAUCAAACAGUUUAUUGAUUACUAA